CUGCAUGCGUAUAUAUAUAUUAAAAUGAAACUACGUUAAAUUAGUUUAAAUUCUGAAAUAAAUCUACUAACUGGAUUGAUAUAUUAAAUAAUAUUGAGAGAACUUUGGAAAAAAUAUUCAUAAUGGCUACCAAUCUGAAGUUAACAGUGGUAGGUGAUGGCGGCGUCGGCAAAAGCUGUAUGCUGAUUUCUUAUACUACUAAUGCAUUCCCGAGCGAAUAUGUACCGACAGUUUUCGACAACUAUUGUGCCAAUGUUAUAGUAGAUGGAAAGGUUGUAAAUGUUGGACUUUGGGAUACUGCUGGUCAAGAAGAUUACGAUCGUCUUCGACCAUUAUCUUACCCUCAGACGGACGUCUUCUUUAUUUGUUAUUCCAUUGAAAUGAGGUCUUCAUUUGAGAAUGUUCAGCAUAAAUGGGUUCACGAAGUGCGCCAUUAUUGCCCACAUGUUCCAUUGGUUCUCGUUGCUUGUAAGAUGGAUUUAAGAGGGACGAGUUCUCGUAAAGAUAUGGUCAGCUACGAUGAAGGUCUUAAAGUAGCAAAGACUCUCGGAAUGAGAUUUUGCGAGACUAGUGCGUUAACUCAGCAAGGAUUGAAGGAUUGUUUUGACGAUGCUAUAAGAACUGCUCUAAACUGUCAACCGUCUGCAAAGAAAAGGGGCGGCUUGUUUGGUAGUAGGAAAAAAGAAAUUCCAAACCCCCCUGUCAUGCCUCAGACUGGAUUUGCACCAAAAAUUGAAAUAACUACAUCUACCUUUGGUGAUGAGUGGUACAGGAUGCUUCAAGAUCCGAAACACUGUGACGUCACGUUUGUUCUAGAGGAAAAGCAUCGUCUGGACGCGCAUACAACAGUUCUAUGUGCGGCAUCAAAAGUUUUCGCAAAAAUUCUUGGAAUUUCAAAACCUAUGAAGAAUAACCAAAUGAAAGAAAUAAACGCCAUUGACAAUUACAGCAUGGAGCAAAUAAAUUCUGGCGCAGUACAAGGAGUUGCCGCAAUGUACCUUAAUGAAGCAGACGACAAAAAUCAAUCUUCUGCAACCAGUCGUCAUAUAAAUAUAGAACUAAGUGCAGACAUAUUAGCCAAAACAUUCGUUCGUGUCCUUGAAUUUCUAUACUCAGGGGUUCCACGCUUUCCCGAUAUAGACGAUGUUUCUGAACAGGAAAUCCGGGAACUUGAGCGCGUGGCAGGAAUAUUCAAACUAUCCCAAUUGCAGACGAUAUGCACAAAUAUUUUAACGGAACAAGAAUUUUUGAAUCCCAGCAUCGGUACAUACUUGAAUGAUGAAACGGGAGCCAGACUUAAAGAGCUCUUCUUCAAUCAACCGGAUAGAUCGGACGUUGUUUUCAAUGUGGAAGGAAAGUACAUAUACGCACAUAAAUGUAUAUUGAGCGCUCGGUGUGACGUCAUGUCAGCCAUGUUCAGCGGAAACUUUGUAGAAAGUAAAAAUAACAGAACUGAGAUUCACAUACCAAACGCGACUGAAGAGACGUUUCUAGCAUUUUUAGAAUAUCUAUACACUGACCACUCCCCUAUAGAUGAAAAUGACGCUGUCGGAAUACUCGUGCUGGCAGAUGAGUACGGACAACAUCGUCUGGUUAACCUUUGUGAAUUGUACAUUACUAAAGAAGUGGACAGAAGUGUUACGAAACAGAUUGAAAAAUCUGAAAUUGACGUCAUAGGCCUAUUACUGACAUCACAGGCAUACAACGCAAAACAGUUGGCAGACUGGUGUUUAUUUUUCAUCUCCAGUAAUUACAUAGCAUUCGAGCAACGUAAAGAAUUUUCACAAUUGAAAGGAGAAAACAAAAAGCAAGUUGUGGAAAACCGAUGGCCGCCAGUGUCAUAUCUACAAGAAGUGGAAGAAUAUAACAAGAAAUAUGGCGACAAAUCGGCAGAUAAAUGUGUGGUCAUGUGACAUUUUAAGUGCAUAUUGGUAUCUUGUCAUGUCACACACAGUCUUGUUCCAGUCACAAGAUACAAAAAGCAGACGGAUGUGCAUUAUUUCCGAAUUCUAUGAGGCAGGUCUCUGCGCAUUUCGAUCGCGCAUUUCCGUUUUUGAAGACGCGCGUUCUUCGAUAGUCCGUGACAGUUUGACAAUGGCGAUUUCUUCACUAGCAUGUUGACGUUAGAACUUUAUGUAAUUACGUCAUGUAUAUCUAAAGCUGCCGUCAAUGUCCUACAAGCAAUAAUUAUGUCUGACAAUGCUGACACAACCUGGAAAAUGAGAACACGUUUUAUCAAGUACAUAUUCGACAUAACAUUGCAAAUCUACAAUACAAUUACCCCAUUUCCAACAGUAAAAGAAAAUAAUUUAUUAAUGAUUAUGAGAAUUUUUGCAUCACAUAUGUUACUUUAAGAUUCUAUGUAUAUUGUAUUGUAUAUUGCUGUAUCCAUGUAACAAUGCUAUGACUGAAAGAUUCUGUUUUUAUUUGACAAAGUUUUUAUUUGCUCGUUAACGUCACGUUCCGUUUAGGGUAUAGUUAAACGGACGUUGCGUAAUUUGUUAUAUAUACACGUCAUUUUUUCUGAAAAAGACAAAAUGUUGAAAGCUAAAGAAA